AUGUCGAUGAGAAUAGAUCACACAUUUGACUCCAGUCUCACCAGCAAAACUGAAGCGAAGUACAAUUUUUAUGUAGAUCGCAUUAAGUCAGCAAUUGAAGAAAGCUACAGAAAUCUGCCUAACUACAUUCAACGUUCAGUUCAAGUCACUGGCUUUAGGUUUGAAAGUUUAGAAUCUACUAUUACUGUGACCAACAAUAACCUGGACUUAACAUUAGCAAAUGCAAAUGUUUCUAACAUACUAGCAAAAAAAGGGAUCCCUUUAGCUCAGGAUGCUUUUGCUGAAAGUGAGUAUGACUGUAUAAAUGAAUCACUUGGAGUUGGAAAAAUAGGUGACAAUGUAACAGGAUUGUGUGAAAAUGGCCUGAAGGGCCUCAUAUCUUAUGAAUGUAAACAGAUAGAUCUUAAAAAUUAUUGGAUGCCUAUAAAAAAAGAUUGUGUUGUUGAAGCUAUCAAAGACCUUGAGAGAAAAGCUGAGGUCUUAUUUGUGGAGGAAAUUCCAGAGUUUAUGUCAAACCUCAGUAACACUGCAAAGCAGAAUAAUAUUGAGAUAUCACAAUCUGCUUUGACUGUCAAAACAAUUGUUGAGAUACUCUACAGAAUUGCUAGUAUGUCACAAACUAUUACAAUCAGUCAACAUGUGAUGGAGGACUUUCUUAAAACAGUGGACAUUAUUGUAUCAGAUGAAUCUAAAAACACAUGGGAAGAAUUGAACAAUGAUGAUACAAUAGCAAACAAAAGCACUGAACUUCUGCAAGCUAUUGAGACUAUAAGUGAUUGUCUUUCAGAUGACAGUUUUGUUAUUAGUCAAUCCUCCAUUCAGUUAACUAGAACAACAAUUGAAAACUCAUUUACUGGAACAUCUUUACUACCAGACUCAACUACUCAGAUUAUGAUACCAAAUGUUGAACCGACCCUCAUAACCAUUAUUAUCUUCACAAACCUUGACAAUGUUUUACCAACGCGAAAUACUUCUAAUAAUGACAACAAGACAUCAGAAAACCACAUCAAUGGAGACGUGGUUGUAAUAAAGGUUCACGAAAAUAUUAACAAUAUUUCAUUUACUUUUGACAUUACAAAUACAUCAUUAAAAAAUCCUCAGUGUGUCUUUUGGAACUUUGAUCUCGAUCACUGGGAUUCCACUGGAUGUAAAGUCAAGGGUUCAGGGAAGGAAACAGUUACAUGUGAAUGCAACCACACAACCUCUUUUUCAAUCCUGAUGUCUGCAAUUGAUAACCCUGCGUUAGAUUAUAUAACAUAUAUUGGUGUAGCUAUUUCAAUGGCCAGCUUGAUUCUGUCCCUCAUCAUUGAGAUGAUCGUAUGGAAGUCAGUGACAGGAAAUGAUACGUCAUACAUGCGCCACGUUUCAAUAGUCAACAUCGCUGUGUCACUGCUGAUUGCAGACAUCUGGUUUAUCAUUGGAGCUGCAACUGCAAAUCCAGGACAACCUACACCGGUGAAUCCCUGCAGUGCAGCAGUUUUCUUAAUUCACUUUUUGUAUCUUUCUCUCUUUUUCUGGAUGUUCAUUUCAGCACUUUUGCUAUUAAACCGCAAUGCCAUGGCUUCAUCUCAAAUAUCCAGGGCUAAAAUGAUGGUCAUCGCAUUCACAGUUGGUUAUUGUGCACCUUUGCUCAUAGCGGUUAUUACCGUGGCAUCCACAGCUGGAGCUGGUAGAUAUAUUUGGACGAGAGAUGCAUGUUGGCUAAACUGGUUUGAAUCUAAGUCUCUGCUGGCAUUUGUGAUUCCAGCCCUGACCAUUGUUGCCUUUAACCUCCUGGUUUAUAUUGUGGUUGUGUGUAAGAUAUUACCGAGAGAAGUUGGUGCUCAAUCAGAUGAGAGACACACUCUUGUGAUCAUUGCACGAUGUCUGGUCAUUCUGACUCCUAUCUUUGGUCUAACAUGGGGAUUUGGCAUUGGAAGCAUGGUGUCAUCUAACUUUGGCAUUCAUGUGGUGUUUGCAAUCCUCAAUUCACUGCAGGGUUUCUUUGUUUUGGUGUUUGGGACGCUUUUAGACAGAGAGGUUCAAGAGUCACUGCCAGGAAAGCUGUUAUUACAGAACCUCCAUUCCAGAAAUACUUGGGAAAAUAACAUUAUAUAAAGCAAA